AUGGCCGGCACGCCGCCGGCCCAACUCGCGCCCCCGUCCGAAGGCAUCUUCCGCACCUUUGAAGACCUCAUGGCGUCCGUCCAGCACGCCGCCAAGGACCAGGGCUACGGCAUCGUCAAGCUGCGCGCCUCCAACUACCGCGACGGCAAGCCUACCCGAUACGACCUCGUCUGCGACCGCGGCGGCGUCAAGUACAACAGCACGGCCAAGAAGCGCAACCCCUCGACGCGCAAGAUCGACUGUCCCUUUCGCGCGAAAGCGGUAUGCGAGGUGCAGCUCGGUAACCAAUGGCGCUUUGCGCUGCAAGAAGCCCGUCACAAUCACGAGCCUCGCCAACCCAACGGGCCCCAGACCACAGAGAGUGCACCCACCGCGACGUUCAUCCGCUCCUUUACAAACAAGAUUGAUCGCCUGAGCCACGACAUGAUGAAUGGGCUGGGCCGGAUCGAGCAGCGACUGGACAUGAUUGAGAAGCGCAUGGAGCACCUCGAGGCGCGCUCGGGAAGCUACGAGCCACGCUUCCAGAAUCUGGAGCAACGCAUGCAUCAAAUAGAGGGCCCGCGCAUGGAUGGCUUGCCCAUGGACGACGUGGUGGAGCAGCGCUUGCUGGCCUCGCAGGUGAUGUAG